AUGCUCGCCUUUGUCAAAAUCCCCGAGGUUCUUCCCAAACAGAAACUCACCACCGCUAUUAGGGCAUUACCGGGUCAGCUGGAUAUUGUUGGCUUUUCUCUCUUCGCUUCGUCUGCAAUUCAGCUGCUGCUCGCCCUUCAGUAUGGUGGCAAUCAAUUUAGUUGGCAUAGCUCUCAGGUGAUUGGACUUUUCUGCGGAGCCGGCGCUACGUCUGUUGUUUUUAUCUUUUGGGAUUACAGGCAGGGUGAUAAGGCUAUGAUACCAUUUUCGAUGAUUCGAAAAAGAAUCGUGUGGUCCAGCAGCCUGUCCUAUGGACUGCUCAUGGCUCAGGUCUUCUGCCUGUUAUGGUAUCUUCCUGUCUAUUUUCAGGCAGUGAAAAGCGACAGUCCGUUCAUGAGCGGUGUUCAUCUUCUCCCCAGUAUUGUUGCUCACUUAUUUGGCGCUAUCUUUUCUGGCAAGAUAAUACAAAGAGUCGGCUACUAUCUCCCGAUAAUUCUCAUUUGUAGCUCACUCAUGGCGGUUUCUAACGGCCUGCUGUCAAAUUUAUCACCUCAUACAACAACAGCAAAAUGGGUCGGAUACCAGAUUCUUUCUGGGGCAUCUCGCAGCCUGGGAUUACAGAUACCCAUUAUUGCGGUUCAGAAUGUCCUUCCACCUUCACAGAUCCCAUUAGCCACUGCAUUGGUGAUGUUCAGUCAAACCUUCGCAGGAGCCUUAUGUCUCAGCCUUGCAGACACUGUGUUCACCAACAGCCUUUCAAAACUGAUACCCACAUAUGCCCCUUCUGUGGAUCCUCAGACAAUCAUUGAUGCAGGCGCCACCCAGUUCCGCUCAUAUGUUUCUGAAGGGCAGCUAGACGGAGUGCUUUUAGCCUACUCUAAAAGCGUUGGUCGAGUGUUUUAUUUGACGACAGGAAUGGCUUGCGGGUGCUUGUUCUUUUCUUGCUUCAUGGGCUGGAAGGAUAUUCGGAUCACGAAAUCAGUGUCAAAUGCCUAA